UAUAUUUUUGUCUCCUCUCUUACUUUAUCCACAAUGUAAUGUUGUUUUGAGGGGCAGGUUGUUAUUCAUUGAUUUGAACAUUAUUCAAAAAACUGAAUAAACUUCAUGAAAGAUGCAUCACUGAAAUAUUUCUUAAAGGUGAGUAAAAGUGAUGAGGUGGUAGCAAUGAGGUGAUGAAGUCAUGAAUGAUAUCAAUGAUGUUGUUGUAGCCUGAUGCUUAUAAAGCGCAACCCUGCGGAAAGACGGGGGGAGUGACGUCACUAUAAACGUCACCACUGAUUGGCUCGGCGUAAAGAGGGACUUCCUGUAUGUAGCUACAAGGCGGGAAGAAACUUGAUGGCGUUUUUUAACGCGAAGAAAGAAACACAUUGAAGAAGCAGAUGGCAGCAGAGCACAGUCGUCGGCGGGAUUGUCGCCUCCGAGCGGAAUCCGGCAUGAACCCCGCAGAAGCGGCCGAGGAGGCGCCCAGCGACCCCGACACGGAUGUCUUCUACAAAGCAGGCUCUCUGAGGACUGAAGGCGUCAAGGCGUCUGAUGUGCUUCCCGUCUUGAAGGAGAAAGUGGCGUUUGUUUCCGGUGGGCGGGACAAACGAGGAGGUCCGAUCCUGACGUUCCCGGCAAGAAGCAACCACGACCGAAUAAAGCAGGAGGACCUGCGGAGGCUGGUCACGUACCUGUCCACAGUCCCCAGCGAGGAUGUGUGCAAGCGAGGCUUCACCGUCAUCAUCGACAUGCGCGGCUCCAAGUGGGAGUUGAUCAAACCUCUCCUGAAGACCCUGCAGGAGUUCUUCCCGGCGGAGAUCUGCGUGGCGCUCAUCAUUAAACCCGACAACUUCUGGCAGAAGCAGAAGACCAACUUUGGCAGCGCCAAGUUCUCCUUCGAGACCAGCAUGGUGUCCGUAGAAGGUCUGGCCAAGCUGGUGGAUCCUUCACAGCUGACGGACGACUUCGAAGGCUCCUUGGACUACAACCAUGAGGAGUGGAUGGACCUCCGAGUCUCCCUGGAGGAGUUCAUGUCCAACGCUGUUCACCUGCUGUCCAGGCUGGAGGACCUGCAGGAAGUUCUGUCCAAGAAGGACUUCCCGUCUGACGUUGAAGGAUCUCGGGGGCUGAUAGAAGAACACACUCAGCUGAAGAAGAAGGUGCUGAAGGCUCCAGUGGAGGAGCUGGACCGGGAAGGCCAGCGCCUGCUGCAGUGCAUCCGAUGCAGCGACGGCUACUCGGGGAGGAGCUCCAUCUCCGGCGCCGCUGACUUCCAGAGUCUGGUGCCCAAGGUGGCCAGUCUGCUGGACAAGCUGCACUCCACCAGGCAACAUCUCCACCAGACCUGGCACGUCAGGAAGCUGAAGCUGGACCAGUGCUUCCAGCUGCGCCUCUUUGAGCAGGACGCAGAGAAGAUGUUCGACUGGAUCAUCCACAACAAGGAGCUGUUCCUGCAGAGCCACACAGAAAUCGGCCGAGCGUACCAACACGCCGCCGAGCUGCAGACGCAGCACAACCACUUCGCCAUGAACUCCAUGAACGCCUACGUCAACAUCAACAGGAUCAUGUCGGUGGCCGCCCGCCUGGCGGAAGCGGGCCACUACGCCUCGGCGCAGAUCAAACAGAUCUCGGCUCAACUGGACCAGGACUGGAAGAGCUUCGCCGCCGCUCUGGACGAGCGCUCCACCAUCCUCGCCAUGUCGUCUGUUUUCCACCAGAAGGCAGAACAGUUCUUGUCGGAGGUGGAGGCCUGGUGCAAGGUCUGCAGCGAGGGCGGGCUGCCGUCCGAGAUGCAGGAGCUGGAGCUGGCCAUCCACCGCCACCAGAGCCUCUACGAGCAGGUCACCCAGGCCUACGCCGAGGUGAGUCAGGACGGGAAAGCCCUCCUGGACGUCCUGCAAAGACCCCUCAGUCCGGGCAACUCGGAGUCCCUGACGGCCACCGCCAAUUACUCCAAAGCAGUCCACUGUAUCCUGGAUGUGGUUCAUGAAGUGCUCCACCAUCAGCGUCGUCUGGAGAACAUUUGGCAGCACCGAAAGGUCCGCCUGCACCAGAGACUGCAGCUGUGUGUCUUCCAGCAGGACGUCCAGCAGGUGAUGGACUGGAUCGAGAACCACGGCGAGGCGUUCCUCAGCAAACACACCGGCGUGGGAAAGUCUCUUCAUCGAGCUCGGGCCCUGCAGAAACGACACGACGACUUUGAGGACGUGGCUCAGAACACGUACACCAACGCAGACAAGCUCCUGGAGGCAGCCGAGCAGCUGGCCCAGACGGGUGAGUGCGACCCGGAAGAGAUCUACAAGGCCGCCCGGCACCUGGAGGUCCGUAUUCAGGAUUUUGUGCGUCGCGUGGAGCACCGGAAGCUGCUGCUGGACAUGUCCGUGUCCUUCCACACGCACACCAAAGAGCUGUGGUCGUGGAUGGAGGAGCUCCAGAAGCAGCUGCUGGACGACGUGACCUGCGACUCGGUGGACUCGGUGCAGACGCUCAUCCAGCAGUUCCAGCAGCAGCAGACGGCCACGCUGGAGGCCACGCUCAACGUCAUCAAGGAGGGGGAGGAGCUUAUGCAGCAGCUCAGGGACGCCGCCAUGUCCACCAACAAGACGCCGCACUGCAGUUCCAUCGCUCACAUCCAGGGGGUGCUGCAGCAGCUGGACGAGGCCCAGGGCCAGAUGGAGGAGCUGUUCCACGAGCGCAAGAUCAAACUGGACAUCUUCCUGCAGCUGCGCAUCUUUGAGCAGUACACCAUCGAGGUGACGGCCGAGCUGGACGCCUGGAAGGAGGACCUGUCUCGGCAGCUGAGCGACGGCGCCUCCUCUGGCGGGGCGGAGGACAUCGGCCUGGCCGAGCAGAGGCUGAAGAGGCACGCCGAGCGCAAGGCGGCCAUGAACAACAUGACUUAUGAGGUCAUGCAGCAGGGCCAGGACCUGCACCAGUACAUCAUGGAGGUCCAGGCCUCAGGAAUCGAGCUGACGGGCGAGAAGGACGCCGACUUGGCCUCCCAGGUGCAGGAGCUGCUGGAGUUCCUGCACGAGAAGCAGCAGGAAGUGGAACUGAGCGCUCAGCACGCGCAUGCGCGCCUGGAGCAGAUUCUGCAACUGCGCCACCUGCAGGCCGAGGUCAAGCAGGUUCUGGGAUGGAUCCGAAACGGCGAGUCCAUGCUGAACGCCAGCAUGGUGAACGCCAGCUCGCUGUCAGAGGCCGAGCAGCUGCAGAGGGAACACGAGCAGUUCCAGAUGGCGAUAGAGUCUCUCUUCCACGCCAACUCCCUCCAGAAGACCCACCAGAGUGCUCUUCAGGUCCAGCAGAAAGCCGAGAUGAUGCUCCAGGGCGGCCAUUACGACCCGGACGCCAUUCGCGGCUGCGCCGAGAAGGUGGCGGUCCACUGGCAGCAGCUGAUGCUGAAGAUGGAGGACCGCCUCAAGCUUGUCAACGCCUCGGUGGCCUUCUACAAGACAUCGGAACAGGUGUGCAGCGUGCUGGAGAGCCUGGAGCAGGAGUACCGCCGUGACGAGGACUGGUGCGGCACUCAGGAGAAAGUUGGAGCGCUGGCCGAGUGCGAGCACCUCCUGCCUCUCAUCAGCAAACACCUGGAGCAGAAAGAAGCUUUCCUUAAGGCGUGCACGUUGGCCCGGAGGAACGCCGAGGUCUUCCUCAAGUACAUCCACAGGAACAACGUGGGCAUGCCGGGGGCCGCCAGUCACACCAGAGGGCCCGAGCAGCAGGUCAAAGCCAUUCUCAACGAGCUGCUGCAGAGGGAGAACCGAGUCCUGCACUUCUGGACUCUGAAGAAGAGACGGCUGGACCAGUGUCAGCAGUACUUGGUCUUUGAACGCAGCGCCAAGCAGGCUCUGGACUGGAUCCAGGACACAGGUGAGGUCUACCUGGCCAAGCACACCUCACCUGGCGACAGCAGCAAGGAAACGCAGCAGCUGCUCAACGACCACCAUCACUUCCGACUCAGUGCCAAGCAAACCAAGGAGAAGGUGAAGCUCCUCAUCCAGCUGGCAGACAACCUGGUAGAGAAAGGCCACGCCCACGUGUCGGAGCUGAAGCGAUGGGUCAGCACAGUGGACCGACGCUACCGAGACUUCUCCCUGCGCAUGGCCAAGUACCAGGAGGGCCUGGAGAAGACCCUGGGCGUCUCCUCUGAGGACAACAAGGACUUGGAGCUGGACAUCAUUCCCGCCAGCCUGACGGACGACCCCGAGGUCAAGCUGCGUGACCCCAGUCACGAGGUCAACGAGGAGAAAAGGAAGUCUGCUCGCAAGAAAGAGUUCAUCAUGGCCGAGCUCCUGCAGACCGAGAAGACGUACGUCCGAGACCUGCAGGAGUGUCUGGAGACCUACCUGUGGGACAUGACCAGAGGCGGGGACGACAUCCCGCCCGCCAUCGCCAACAAGGAGCACGUCAUCUUCGGCAACAUGCAGGACAUCUACGACUUCCACAACAAUAUUUUCCUAAAGGAGCUGAUCAAUUACGAGCAGCUGCCAGAGGACGUUGGACACUGCUUUGUCACCUGGGCUGACAAGUUCCACAUCUAUGUGGAUUAUUGCAAGAACAAACCCGACUCCAGUCAGCUCAUUCUGGAACACGCCGGAACUUUCUUUGACGACAUCCAGCAGCGGCGAGGACUCGCCAACUCCAUCUCGUCUUACCUCAUCAAACCCGUGCAGAGGAUCACCAAGUACCAGCUGCUGCUGAAGGAGUUGCUGUCCUGCUGCGAGGAGGGCAAAGGGGAGAUCAAAGACGGUCUGGAGGUCAUGCUGAGCGUCCCCAAGCGAGCCAACGACGCCAUGCACCUGGCCAUGCUGGAAGGUUUCGAGGAGAACUUGGAGGUUCAGGGCGAGCUGAUCCUGCAGGACAGUUUCCAGGUGUGGGACCCGCGCUCCCUGAUCCGAAAGGGGCGGGACCGACACCUCUUCCUGUUCGAGUUCUCUCUGGUCUUCAGCAAGGAGUUCAAGGACUCGUCAGGAAGAACCAAAUAUCAAUACAAACACAAACUACUGACGUCGGAGUUGGGGGUGACGGAGCACAUCGAAGGCGACCCGUGUAAAUUUGCUCUCUGGGCCGGAAGGACGCCCUCGUCUGACAACAAGACGGUGCUGAAGGCGUCGGGUGUGGAGGCCAAACAGGAGUGGAUCAAGAACAUCAGGGAGGUGAUCCAGGAGAGGAUGACCCACCUGAAGGGGGCGCUGAAAGAGCCCGUUCAGCUGCCAAAGACGGCGGCGCUCGCCAAACCUCGGAACACCGCCAAGAGGGACGGAGGCGAAGACGGAGACAGCCAAGGAGACGGCGGCAGCCAGCCGGACACCAUCUCCAUCGCUUCCAGAACCUCGCAGAACACUGUGGACAGCGACAAGCUCUCUGGUGGCUGCGAGUUGACCGUGGUGCUACAGGACUUCACGGCAGGAUGCAGCAGCGAGAUGUCAGUCAGCACUGGUCAAACGGUGGAGUUGCUGGAGAGGCCCAGCGAGCGACCGGGCUGGUGUUUGGUGCGCACCACCGAGCGCAGCCCCCAGCAGGAGGGUCUGGUGCCCAGCUCGGCACUCUGCGUGUCCCACUCUCGUUCCAGUGUGGACAUGGACUGCUUCUUUAGCUCCGGGAAAGAAAACUAUCCCGUCGGUGGCACGGAAGGAAAGAGCGAGUCGGUGACCAACCUUCAGCCGCAGCCGUCCCUCAACUCGCUGCAGUCCAACUCGCCCGGACCCAAACGCUCUGGAAACACGCUGAGAAAAUGGCUGACCAGUCCCGUUCGCCGCCUCAGCAGCUCGGCGGUGAAACCUCCCAGCAACAAGCAGAAGAAGACGGGUCCAGUGUCGGGACGAGAGGACAACAGGAGGGGACAACCCGGACUUAACCCACAUGACGACAUCAUUGAUGAGCGCGUCGUCAUCAGCAAUGAUGGCAGCGUCCUCUCCAAGACGCCGUCCGGCAUGCAGAGCGGCGGCGAGGAGGAGCAGGAUGAGGAGGCCCAUAACCCCCUGCCCCCCCCUAUGGAAAUCAUCAAGGACCCCUCAGCGCAGGAUGACAAGUCCUCGUCCUUGCUAACGUCUCUGCAGUCGUCCUCCGAGGGGCCCUGCGCCACUGAGCUGGUUAGCGCCAUAGAAAAACUGGUUAAAACCAAGAUGACCUUAGAACCAGGAGCCUACCCGGGGUUCACCCAGCUGUCGCCGCCAGAACAAAGCACUCCGGUCCAGCCCCGGAACCCUGAGCUGGAGCAAAGAGCUAAAGCCAUGAGGGGGCGCAUGUUCGUGGUCAACGAGCUGAUCCAGACGGAGAAGGACUACGUCAAAAACCUGGGCAUCGUGGUCGAGGGCUUCAUGAAGAACAUCAAGGAGAAAGGCGUCCCGGACGUCAUGAAGGGAAAGGAGAAGAUCGUCUUCGGGAACAUCCAUCAGAUCUACGACUGGCACAGAGAGUUCUUUGUGGGAGAGCUGGAGAAAUGCCUAGACGACCACGAGCUCCUGGCCAAACUGUUCAUCAAACACGAGAGAAGACUGCACAUGUACGUCAUCUACUGUCAGAAUAAACCCAAGUCGGAGUUCAUCGUCGCAGAGUACGACACCUAUUUUGACGGAGUUCAGCAGGAAAUCCAGUCCAGGUUUACCAUCAGCGACUUCCUCAUUAAGCCCAUCCAAAGAAUCACCAAAUACCAACUGCUCCUGAAGGAUUUCUUGAGGUACAGCUCCAAGGCGGGAAUGGACUGUAAACCAAUUGAGAAAGCAGUGGAUUUGAUGUCCCAGGUCCCUAAACUGUGUAACGACAUGAUGAAUUUAGGUCGGCUGCAAGGCUACGAGGGCAAACUGACAAGUCAGGGCAAGCUGCUGCAGCAGGAGACCUUCUUUGUGACGGAGCAGGACGUCUUGUCGCGCUCCAAAGAACGCAGAGUUUUCCUCUUCGAGCAGAUCGUCAUCUUCAGCGAGCUGCUCAGGAAAGGCUCGUCCACGCCUGGAUACCAGUUCAAGAAGAGCAUCAAGGUGUCCUACCUGGGUCUGGAGGAGAGCGCUGACAACGACCCGUGUAAAUUUGUGUUGUCGUGUCGCGGCUCAGCGGAGCGUUUCACCCUGCAGGCGGCCAACGUGGACAUCAAGCGGGUCUGGCUGGGACACAUCCAGGACCUGCUGGAUGCCCAAAGCAACUUCCUGUCAGCGCUCCAGUCUCCCAUCGAGUUCCAUCGAGAGCAAGGCGGGAUCAGCGCCACGCUGUCCAGAAAACGCUCGACCGCCAGCAACCACUCGGCCGCGUCCCACAGCCGGCCCUCGUCGGUCGUCGGCUCGGGCGAGAAGGACGGCGAGAGGGGGCGGGGCCCGAUGACCACGUCCACCUCCAACGGCGGCACCAUGUGCUUCGACUCCAGGGAGAGCGUCGGCGGCUGCAACGGCGACUCGUCCACCAUGCGCAUCACUCAGGAUUACUCUGCGCUCAAGGAGAACGAGAUCAGUGUGAGCCAAGGCGAGACGGUGCAGAUCAUGGCCACCAACCAGCAGAACAUGUACCUGGUGUACCGGCCCGCCGACAGCCAGUCGCCCGCCGCCGAGGGCUGGGUGCCCGGCCACAUCCUGGGCCCGCCGCCGCCGCCGCUCCCGAAGCCUCUGAAAGACUCCUCCUCCGCCACGUCCUUCUCGGCGGCGGUGGCCGACGCCGGCAACAUCAAGAAGUCCCUGUCGUGGAACACGCUACGUGCCAGGAAGCGCGCCGAAGCCAAGGAGGCGUCGGGCUUUGGGGUCCGAGGUCAGGCGAACGGCCUCCUGCUGCGUAAGACAAAAGAAAGCGCGCCCACGCCCCUGCUCUCUUCCCCUGUCGCCAGGGCGAAGGGCAAACAGGAAGUUCACACAUCCGACGAAUCUGACUGUGACGACGAGCUCGACCCCAAAACCGGCAUGGAGCUUCUCAACCCAAACUUCAUCCAGGAAGUGGCCCCAGAGUUCCUGGUCCCGCUCUCGGACGUGGCGUGCGCCUUCGGGGAGACGGUGGUGCUCUGCUGCAAAGUGUGCGGACGACCCAAACCCUCCGUCACCCUGAAGGGACCCGACCAGAACCCGGUGACCAUCAACAGCCGCUUCGCCAUCGACAUCAGGGACACGGGGGACAUCUUGUUGAAGAUCUGCAACCUGAUGCCGCAGGACACGGGCAUCUACACCUGCGUGGCUGUUAACGAUCAUGGCUCCGCCUCCUCCUCCGCCUCUAUCAAAGUGCAAGGUAUCCCAGCCGCUCCUGGGAGGCCGGUGGCCCAGGAGGCUAGCAGCACAGCCAUGAUGGUCCACUGGCCGCCGCCAGCUUCCUCUGCCCACUCAGCGGUCAGCAGCUACAGUGUGGAGUACAGACAAGAAGACUCGUUGCUAUGGCAACAGGUGGCCAGCAGCAGGGAGGAGUGUGUUCAGAUCGACACCCUCAUACCCGGCGGUCACUACCAGUUCCGAGUGCGAGCCUCCAACCGCUGGGGGGUCGGCCCACCGUCUGAGCCCUCCAAUAUGGUUUCUCUGUCCAGCUGCAACACGGCUUAUGACGGAACAGGAAUCGAGUGGAAGGAAAACUUUGAGGCGACUUUCUCCGAGAUCUGUGAGAUCGGAAGGGGACGUUUUUCCGUGGUGAGAAAAUGUCUCAACAAGUCCACGAAGAAAGAGGUUGCGGUGAAGUUUGUGAGCAAGAAGAUGCAGAAGAAAGAGCAGGCGGCUCACGAGGCCGACAUCCUCCAGCAUGUCCACAGUCAGCAGCUGGUGACGCUGUUGGACACCUACGAGUCGCCCACAUCGCUGAUGCUGGUUCUGGAGCUGCUUGAGGACGGUCGUCUCCUGGACUACCUGGUGGCCCACGAUGAGCUGAUGGAAGAGAAGGUGGCCUUCUUCAUUCGGGAAAUAUUAGAAGCUUUGCAGCACCUUCACACCUGCAGAGUUGCACACUUGGACCUGAAGCCUGAGAACAUCAUGGUGGACCUCCACUCUCCCACCCCGUGUGUAAAGCUCAUUGACUUGGGCGACGCCGUCCAGCUGUCUGCCCAACGCCGCUACGUCCACCUGCUCCUGGGAAACCCUGAGUUUGCGGCACCCGAGCUGGUCUGUGGCACGCCCGUGUCCGUCGCCACCGACGUGUGGAGCGUGGGCGUCUUGGCCUACGUCACGCUCAGCGGAGUGUCGCCGUUUCUGGACGAGUCGCCCGAGGAAACCUGCGUCAACAUCUGCCGCCUGGACUUCUGCUUCCCGGAUGACUACUUCCAGGACGUGAGCCAGGCGGCGAGGGAUUUUGUGUCGGCGGCACUCCAGCAGGAUCCCAGGAAGAGGCCCAGCGCUACUUCCUGUCUGCAGCACCCGUGGGUGAGUCGCGGGGGCACGCACGGCGGGGAGUACUCCAAGACACCAUUAGACACCACCCGAUUGGCGACGUUUAUUGACCGAAGGAAACAGCUGCACGAUAUUCGGCCCGUCACUAACAUCAAGGGACUGGCAGCAAAAUCAUGGAUCCAUCCUCUCUUCCGAGCCUUGCCAAUAGCCCAGAAGGAGGCCCUUCAAGCAGUCCAAAAAUGCCUUUAGUUUCAAAGACACUGUGAGUGGCCAUGGACCGAAGCAAUAAGAUGAUCUUGGACUCUGGUCCUUGAACCUGCUGGACAGAACCUGGAUGUGAAAUCGUUCCCAUCAAAGAAGACCGUUGCCACUCGACAACAAAAGGGAAGAGGUGAUCGCCGUCACUGGGACUUGGAUAUUUGGAGGAUAACAAGCUGUUUCAUUGGUACACUUGGCUCAGAACCAAGAAAUCUUUCUGUAGUUUUUUUUGUCCGAACGGAAUUGUCGCCAUCUAAGGAGAAGCUACUAAGAUAAAAGAAAGGAGUAGAUCCUGGGUCUUGUCUCCUUGACCCUGCUGUGCGUUUUGCUUUGGGACACUCAAACUGUACUUUGAUCUUGCAAAGAAAGGAGGUGGUCUCUGUCUCUGGGAAACAGGUCUACAGUUGCUUUUACUAAGGAGAACAGUUGUGUUCCGCAGGGACAACUGCACCUAUGAGGCUUUGGUAGUCCUCUGUCCAGUGGUAUUCGCUCCAUCUGAGAAGGACUUUGUUUCUGCUGAUUUAUUACACUGAAGGACAACUGGAAGUUGGGUUGGGACGUUUGGGUCUGCACCAAGGCAUCUUGAGUAGUCAUCUGACCUGCGCAAUCAUCAUCUGAGGAGAACGUUGUCACUCGAGUAAAAGAAGGAGGUUGUCUUUGUUUCUGACCCCUAAAUGUGACAACGGUGGUUUUACCUAAGGGCAACAUAUUAUUCAGGGACACUAAGAUGGAUCUCGUACUCUGGACCAGCAGGAUCAUGGAGAAGUAACUAAAACAAAUGGAAGGAGUGGUACCUGGUGUCUUCUCCUUGAACGUGCUGCUUCUGGAUAUCGAACUGUACUUUUAUCUUUACCGAGGCGUUUUUUAGUGUCUGCCGGACUGCUGAAUCGUCCCCAGCUGAGGUGGGGGUCGAUGGUAGUUGUCCUUGGUCCUUAAGAUUCACCACAUUUAGUUUAGGACAGGUCGGCAGGGCCAACCUCAUUAGAGGAGACAAGAAGGUUCAUGCAAAAAUGUUUGUAUCGUUUGGCAAAACCAUAAUAGGGUUAGGUAUUAGUGUAAUGUUCACCUUGUAGUCGGUAAGAAUCUUCCGACAGUCUGGUGAAGAACGCAGAGGAAAGACAGUGCUGAAUGUUCGUCGCAAAAACAAAACAAUCGCAGUUGCUGUCGCCGACAAAACACUUAACCAAGCAGCUAAUCCCCUUCGACUUCUUGCUAGCUUUAGCGGUGCUAACAUUAGCUUUGGCUGCUAACCAGGAACUUAAGCUUGAAAGCAAACAGCUCGAAGAGAUACAGCCCGUGUUUUCUCCAUCUCUUUGAAAACAAACGUUCCACUGCCGCCCCAACUUUUAGCUAGCAUUUGCGGGUCAUGGAGUGAGCUAACCUCAGAGCUGGAGCGACGUUAGUACUGUCGUGUUUAGUCGGGUUGUGUUUCCAUUCCCCCCUCAGGUAAUUUAACAGCGGACCAAUUCUGCUGUGAUUCUUCAUUCGACAAGUUUUGUACGCAGGUUACGUUUUGUUCAAAUUUUGGGUGUUUGUAAAAAUACUUGAAAUCUCAACAUAGGCCAAAAACGGUGUCUUGAAUUGUGACUAACUCAUCACAAUUCUUCGUCAAAGCGUUUUAAAGGUAGAUCAACUGUCAUGGACCAACUCGGCCUCUAGGUACAGCCACUAGGUUUAUAGAUUGUUGAUGUCAUAUUUUGCCUGUUAUAGCCUUGACCCAGGUAGGAUUUGUUGACGUGCGAGCUGGCGUGGACAUGUUUGGACUGGAUCCACGACACAAGCCCUGAAUGUUGAAUUUAUGUUUAGGACUUUUUCCAAAGCCAAGGACAGAAUUGUAUCGUCAUGAAGACGUGCGAAAGGGAGCCUGGACUUGGACAGGUCCUAGGAUGAACUGGACUUACAGUAGUACGGAUUCCCGGACUUUUAUGAACAGCAGAACGCCACCCUGGGGACUUGCCUAUAGCUUGUAUCAAUGUUUACACUUUGUCCAAAAAACUGUGUGUCUUAGGUAGAACUCGACAGAAACCGUAGAAUCAGGGACAUUGCAUGUAAAUGUGUUUCUAGGACACAGCACCCGGUCACACGGAAUGUAUCCCGCACGGUUUUGUUGACCAGCGUCCGUGGUUGCUAUCAUGGAAUGUAAUUGCUGUUCGCAGUCGCUUUGUUCCACCUCAAGAAGUGUAGCGGUUCACGUUGCAGGUGAAGCCUCAAGAGUGUAGAGUCGUCAGUAUUUGUCCCAAGUUCUGUUUUCAUGUUGUGGCAAUCGAUCAAGAUACUUUUCCAUUUUGCUCCAGUCAGACAAGAGAUUUUUA